UGUGGAGGAGGAGGAGGCGGAACGUUGGGGGGGCGGCUGCGGGUUUCCGGCCGGAGGAGCGGGAGGCCCUUCCUGCGGCCUGCCCCGCCAUGGCGGCCCCGGCGGCCCUCACGGCCUUGGCGGCGCUGGGGCUCGGCCUGCUGGGGGCCUGGCGCCUUUGGGGCCGGCCGAGGGGCCGGGACCGGCCGGGGCAGGAAGGAGCCGGGAGCAGGACCCUCUUGCUGACCGCCCACCCGGAUGACGAAGCCAUGUUUUUUGCUCCCACUGUGCUGGGCCUGGCCCGGCAGAGACGGCGGGUCUCUCUGCUCUGCUUGUCCGCAGGAAAUUACUACAAUCAAGGAGAAAUUCGCAAGAAAGAACUCCUACAGAGCUGUGAUGUUUUGGGGAUCUCGCCUUCCGAUGUAACAGUUAUUGACCACAGAUACAGGUGCUUCAGGCAGACAGAAGGACAGAGCGAGAAUAUAGCCUUUGCAUGGUGGAGGAGGAGGGAUCUGCCCGACAACCCAGCCGUCCAGUGGGAUAUUCAGCUGGUGGCUUCCAUCCUCCUCCAGCUCAUUGAAGCCGACCGCAUCGAUCUGGUGGUGACCUUUGAUGCCGGUGGAGUGAGUGGUCAUGCCAACCACAUUUCUCUUUAUUCUGCUCUAAGGUACCUGCACACAGAGGGAAAGUUACCCAGAGGAUGCCGGAUCCUGACACUGGAGUCGGUGAAUGUGGUGCGGAAGUACAUCUCCUUCCUGGAUCUGCCUUUCACCUGGCUCCAAACCCAGGAUGUCCUCUUCGUCCUCACGCAGGAAGAAAGGGAACAAGCCAAGAGAGCUAUGCUCUGCCACCGUAGCCAGCUCCUCUGGUUCCGCCACCUCUAUCUGCACUUCUCCCGCUACAUGGUGAUGAACUCACUCCAUUAUCUCUGAAACCAAGAAGAGUCCCGGGAGUCCACUGACCAGUGGUGGAAAGGAAAACCAAAGAGGCCAGGGAUCAAGCAGGAGUUCAGACUGGGCCCCAGAGGUGGGCUGGAUUCUGUCUUUAAUGAGCCCUGGGAGUCACAGAUGCAAGGCUGCCUGCUGAGACCCACCGGGCCAAGGUCUGAGAGCUAAAGCCGUUUCCACAGAUGGAAGGAGGAGAAUAUGGAUCAUGAGAAAGACCAAAAAAUACCUGAUUAUCCUGCAUGAAUUACUGAGCCUUGGAAAGCCAUGAGGCAUUGAUGCUAUUUUCCAGGGCCUAAAUCCAGUAGGAACCCACACGAUCUCAGGCCCAGUUCUUUUCCCACAGACCCCAGACUUCUUUUGGCUUCGGUUGGCUUUUGGCUUUGGGCAAAGUUCGGGGAGAGAAGUCGAGACAUUUUUUUCCACCAUUAAAACGCUGCUAUUUUCUAUUUUUAAAAUAAAAUGUCCCUAGGGAGGUUGGCUUAGAAACAGUGCCUAGCAUUCAGCAAGAUCCCUGCUGCUUUUUUUGUUGUUGUUCCCCUGGCUGUGGUAGCUUGCAGGAAAUAGGAGUUUGGUGGGAUCUGAACCCAAGAACUUUCCACUUCCCAGGUCUAGGGUGUUUGACCCUUGGGCAUAAUUCAAGCCACACAGCUUCCUGCCCAAAUAAAUAGAUACUGGAAAUCUUGGAAUUUUGCCUCACCCAGCCAUUCUCUGGAGGAUUGCCCAAAGAUACAAUCCUUAAUAGGUAAAUAUUUAAGGUUGCUUAUUUAGAAUAAUAAGCUUACCAAACUGAAGAAAGAGCCCUCAACCAACAGACCAGACUGUAGUACUCUCCCCUCCCCUACUACUAGGUCCUAGCCCUCCACCCCUUCCUCCUGAUUCUCCAGCCCAGUACAUUUCCACAGUUCCUUUCAAACCACAUCUUACAAGAGAUGGAAAUCCCAUUUUGCCAUUCAGAGCCUUUGGGAAUUUCCCACAUCCUGAUCAAUCUUUUCCCCCCUUAAAAACUGUACAGAGCCCAAAUGGUGUAGAAACUAAGAACUUUAUCUCCAUUUUGCUGGAUCUCAUAUUGUUGCCUUGAAGAGUUAGGAGCUUCCAGAAUGCCAGCCGACUGGGGAAUGAGGAUAGUCGAGAUAACCAAGCACAGGACCACACCAAAAAAACUUCCGGUACAUUAAAGACUUGGGUGCUUUAUAGCUGUGGUCAAAACUACCGAACUUUUACAUGAGCACCAAUAAAAUUCACCUUCUAGCAUAGUGGCUGCUUGGAGAUCCUUCCCUCCCAUAAAAUGCAGACCCUUCUUCCCUUGCUCAGAACCCAGGGAGCCAGCAACAUCUGGAAAGCCCCCCUUCACAUCCGAGGGAUACAGAAUGUGAGAAGGAAGGGAGUAGAGGGGAGGAAGAGCACAUGUGAUCUGUCAAGUGAAGGCCCAUGCUCACUGGGCUGAUUUGGCAUGGCAAGGCAGACCUGGGCCUUCUUGAUUGUCUGCAUUGUCUAAGCAAAAUACAACUUCCUGUUCUUAAGGAAAAGAGUGUUUUAAAGGCUCUUGAGGCCACAUCAAAAUGUCCUGCUACCCAGGAUUACGCAAUUCAAUUUAAGUGAAUCCGAAACAUAUGGAUUACAUUUCCACCGACAUACACUAGUUUAAAUAUCGUGUGGGGAGGAGGUUUUGCAAAAAGCGUUUGGGGCUUUCCUGAACCCCAAACAUCAGAAAAGCAGUCAGGAUGUUUGCCAAACACAAGACACAGCUGGAUUUGCUUGUCUGUGGGGAAAAACAUGAAUCUAUUAAAGGAGGAACUGUCUAAGGUGCCAAAUCACUAACAGGAGAUCUGUCUAGACUGAAAAUUGCAAAUACAUUGACAUUUUCAAGUAAAAUAUUUGAAAAGCAGGUUCCUUCUUCACCCAGGCGCCAAAUUCCAAGUUCAGAAUUCUGAGGUUUCUUUCCCACCGUGAUGGACAGUGUCUUUUGCACCUGGCAGCGGGCACAACAACCCUUGAGACUUGGCAGAUAAGGGAAAGCAAAGCAGAUGGCCAAAUAUUUGGUUAGAAAGUGUGUUUAUUUUUUCCCCUUUCUCAUCCACAGCACAGCCUACUUUUCAAGUCCGGCUGCAAUCAAUUUAAACAGAAGAAAACAGGGCAGUAAAAACCCACAGGGUCUGACUGGUGUUUUGUUUUAAUAUUCUCUUCAUUCUUCCCUGUGUUUUAAGAAGGUUUCCUCGCCUCUACCAAAUCACUGGCCAAGAAAAUGGUUGGUCCCCUCAAUUGGGCAGUUUGAUUUCACCAAAGUGGGAUUCAGGAGUAGAUAAAUGGAGCCAACAGUGUUCUUGGAAGGGCUACAGAACAGUAAUGAACCAGAGAGGGGAAAUUGCUAGAAAAUGAUGGAUAUGACAUUUCCAUGGGAGAGUUGACCAACCUUUCCCUAUAUGAAAAAAUCUUCCAUCAAACUUGUUUUUAAUUUUUUUUUUAAAGCACACCCUUUCCGAUCUCUUUCAGAGCACUGGGAAGCAGACAUCUGGGACCCCUAUGAACCGGCCACUCUACCAGAUUCUGGCUGUUUGAACUAGCUCAGCCUUGAAAACAAGCUCUGGCCCAUGCAUCACGGGUCUUAAGAAAAUUUAAACCAAAUCAGACAAAGGGCCUGCAAGAAAUGAAAUGCAGUGGGUUUCACCGCUCGUA